GCGGCUCUUCUGUGGGGACGCUUGCAGCAGCUAAAGGAAAGAGAGCUGAUGUCCAGGCAGCACAACAGAGAGCUGCUGCUGCAGUUUGACAAAGCCCAGGACUUAAUUGAAGACCUGCUGGUUCGCAACAAUGCCAUGAAAAGGAUUCGGAUAGAGUAUGAGAGGCACAUGGAGGACUGGCAGCAGGCUGCUCAGACGGAGAGGAUGGAAGGAUGUUUGAAGAUGUGCCAGAAAACAGAGGUGAAGUCAUGUGGGGGAGGACAUCAGUUACUUUCAAAGGGUUUGUUCUCUUUCUUGCUCACUUUCAGUCUUUCAGUUGUUCCUGAUAUAGUGAUGGGCUUAAAAAAUAAAAGCCAUCCCUGUUCAGGCAACUGUUUCCAAAUAUUUUAUUCAGGACAUCACUCAUCCAGCAUGUCUUUUUAUCUUGCACAUGAUACCCUUACAGGCUCUAACAAAUCACAGAUCACUGCCAGCCCAAAUAACUCCAACCACAACCAGGACAAAACUACCUGCAUGCAGUUUUCCAGGCUGACUCACCCUCAGUACCAAGUUCCAUGUCAGCUGCAGAGUUCUUUGCAGGUUCCUUCAUCUUUCUGCUCAUGGACAGUUAUUCCACAUCACCCGUUCUCCUCCUAUCCCAGCAAUCACCACGCCUGGACUCUGCACAACAAACCAAGCCGGGACUACAAAGACACCUUGUCCAGCAGAUCUGCUGCUGCAGCAGAGAACAUGUCAGGCCACGAGGUUCUGUUUGGUCCAGAGCAGCCUCCUCUCGACUGGGGGGAGGCACAGACUGUCAGGGAGGAGGCUGAGAGGAGCCCCAAGAGUCAGAAUGGUGGUGGAAGCAGGUGCAGACACUCGUCCCAGGAGCUAGACGUUAAACCAGGUAGGACAACAAAAUGACAACACUGCAAACAAACACUUAAAUGUGUGUUAUUUCUCCUCUGUAAUGUGGCCUGUGAUUUGUGCACGUUGUGUAGUUAGUCUGUCUCGCAGCCAUGCAGACAGCAGUGAGAGCGGAGCGGACUCUCUUCAGGCGAGCAGCGGGAAGAGGAGAAAGAGAGGAAGAUCACAGUGCACCUCCUCAGAGGAAGAACAGCUCAGCUCCAAAGAGUCAUCUGGGGCUUCCAGUGCCGUAGCAAUUACGGCAGCCAGAGUGGGCCAAAGGUCUGACACUGAUAUCUCACAAAGAGGCAGUGGCAGGAGGAGCACAGGACCAACUGUGGAGUUAGCGAGGACGGAGACAGCAGCUUGUGAAAAGACCAAGAGCAGGGCGGCACAAGUAAGGAGUCACAAGGAGUCCAGUGGAGAGGAGUCAAGAAGUCAGCCAAGUGAAUUAACUAGGAAUCAAAACCCUGAGUCAAAUAACACAGCUCCUGAAGAUGCUGCUGCAGAUAAAGUAGAAGAGGAGGACAGCAACUCUGAGCAAAGUGCAAGAGAAAAGGAGAGGCACAAAAAUGAGCUGGAAAAACUGGGAGAUGAAGAUACUGAGGAGGAAGAAAGCAGGCAGCAAGAUGAAGAAGGAGGAAGCAGUGAAGAUGUUUCCAUCACAGAGGAGGAAGAAGAAAAAGGAGCUGAUGGUGACAUGUUAGAGCUGGAGUCAGAGGAAGAAGGUGGCAAGGAGGCAAAACAAGCAUGUGAAUCAGAGGAUGAGAGUGAAUUAAGUGAGGACAGGAGUGACGAGAGGCCAGAAUUAGAGCAGGAAAAACAAUCAGCCAACCUGAACGAUGAGGAGGCGGAUGAGGACAACAGGAUGGAGGAGAAUGAGGAGCAGAGGAGCACAAAUUCAAAAGAAGAGCUCACAGAUACAGAGGACAGCAUCAUCGCACCACAUGAGAACAGGUACGAAAGAGCACGAGCUCUAUAAUCACCGAUGAGGAGAAUUAUUAAAGUCACACCUGAACAAACGUAACCCAUGUUUAGGGCUAAAAAGAUGCACACAAUUCCAGAAGGAGAACCAGUGGAGGAGGAUGAAGGGGGAAAUUCUAGUGAAGACUCGAAUGGUGACAUUGAGGAGCUCCUCGCGCCUCAAACACAAACCCAGCAAGAGUGAGUGUCAAAUUUAAUGGCAAAAACAACAUGUUCAAAUAUUCUUUUUUAUCUUUAUCUUUGCAUGUUUACAGAGCAAAGGAUCAGAAGACUGAAGGCAAACCUCAAGGUAACACCAGUAAACAUCACGUGGGCCAAACAAACAAACAAACAUACUCAGCCUGUGGUGACACUGUUAAUUAUAUAAUCAUUUCUUUUCCAGUAAUUAAGAAAGACCUGGAGAAUUUAGCGGAGCUGGACAGCGUAAAAACCAGCAAUCACCCCAGCGACUCUGAUGAAUUUGAACACUUUUACGACUAAAUGUACGGUAUGUCUGAGCUGAUUAAAACUCAGCAAAAACAACCUGCAGAAGAGCAGACAAAACAUGAAUAUCCUGAGACUGACACUGUAUUUGUGUUUGAGUGAGUUUCGUGCAGAGAAUAGUACAGAACCCAACGUGUAGUCUGCAAUUAAAACGUAGAAACCAAACAUCCCGCUGAUUUCCACAGUGCAGGGAGCGGUUUCUUACAUCAGCCUGGCUUUAAAGGAGGCA